AGAUUUCACUACUUACAACUUUCCUCCCAUCUUCCUUCUUUUAAUCACCUCUCAUAGCUCCUUUCUCAAUUCUUCCUUUAAAAAAAAAAAAAAAAAAAAAAAAGGAGCACCAUUUCAAGUUUACUUGCUGCAUCAAUAGUUUUACUAUAUAUAUGAUGGUUGCUCAAAUCACUCAAGGGGAAUCAUCUAGUUCACAAUCUCGAUGUAUUUUUGGAUCAUAUGACGUUUUCUUGAGUUUUAGAGGUGAAGAAAUGCAAAAAAGCACAUUUACAGAUGAUCUUUAUGCAAGAUUGAAUCAAUUUGAAGUCAACACAUUCUUGGAUGAUGAUGAUGAUGGAGUUCAGGUGGAAUCUUCCUUUCAAAUUGUCAAAGCAAUAGAAGGCUCAAGGAUUUCCAUUAUAGUUUUUACAGAAAACUAUGCUUGCUCUAAGUUGUGUCUUGAUAAACUUGUGAAAGUUCUUGACUGUGGACACUUGGUUCUACCUGUUUUUUACAAUUUUGAUCCUUCUGAAGUUCGCAAACAAACUGGGAGUUUUGGAACAGCCUUAGCAAGACAUGAAGAAGAAUUUUGUGGUGUAGAGAAGGUGAAGAGGUGGAAAGCUGCUUUGACUAAAGUAGCAAAUUUAUCAGGAUGGCAUUUGGAAAAUGUUGCACAAGGUUAUGAGUCAAAAUUCAUUCAAAAGAUUAUUGAGGUGGUCUUAUGGGAAUUGAAUCGUAAAUAUAUGGAUGUUGCAAAGCACCCAAUUGGAAUUGAUUAUCGAGUUAAAAAUUUGUAUUCAAAAUUAUCCAAAAGCGCAGAGGAUGUUGUCAUGGUUGGGAUCUAUGGAAUUGGUGGAGUAGGUAAAACCACCCUUGUUAAAGCUAUGUUUAACCAAAUCUACAAACAGUUUGAAGGUAGCUGCUUCCUUGCUGAUGUUAGAUCAGAAGCUUCAGAGAAACAUGAUGGCCUACUUCAUCUACAAAAGAAACUUCUUUAUGAAACUCUUAAGAGUGAGAACUUCAGAGUCAACAACGUCCACAGAGGAAUCAACUUGAUCAGAGAAAGAUUGAGAUCAAAGAAAGUUCUUAUUGUUCUCGAUGAUGUGGAUAGCAGGAGCCAACUAGAAGCAUUAGCAGGAAACGGGGAUUGGUUUGGUUCAGGCAGUAGAGUUAUCAUAACCACUAGAGACGAGCAUUUGUUAAACUUGUUCAAAGUGAAUGAAAGACACGAGGCUUGGGGAUUGAACAAGGAUGAGGCUAUGCACCUCUUUAGUUGGCACGCUUUUCAAAAUCCAGUCCCAUCAGAAGAAUAUGUUGAGGUUGCAAAAGGCAUUGUAACAUAUGCUCGGGGACUUCCAUUAGCUCUCACAGUUUUGGGUUCUUCUUUAUUGGGAGAAUCAAUUGAAGAGUGGCGGAAUACCUUUGAGAAGCUGAAACGAAUUCCCAAUGAUGACAUACAAGAACAACUCAAAAUAAGCUUUGAUGCACUCCCAGAUGAUAAGGUUAAGGCCAUCUUCCUAGAUAUUUCCUGUUGCUUGAGAGGAGUGGACAAGGAUGACGCCGUUACAAUAUUAGAUGCUUGUGACUUUUUUGCUGAAGCUGGAAUCCAGGAUUUGUUAGAUAGAUGUUUGUUGAUAAUUGAUAUAAACAAUAGAUUAAUCAUGCAUGGCCUAAUUCAAGAUAUGGGAAGAGAAAUUGUCCGUCAAGAAUCACCAGAUGAAGCUGGGAGGCGUAGUAGGUUGUUCUUUGAGGAAGAUGUUUCCGAGGUACUCUUGGGAGACAAGGCAACAGAAGUAGUAGAGGUAAUGAUGGUAAAUUCACCAAUGUUGAAGGACAUGCAGUUAAGCACCAAAGCAUUUGCAAAGAUGGUCAACCUUAGACUACUUCAAAUUGAUAAUGUGCAUCUCAAAGGAAAAUUUGAACAUUUACCAAACAAGCUCAAGUGGUUGCGUUGGAAGCAUUGUCCAUUGAAGUACAUAAGAUCUAAGUUUCAUCUGGAGAGUCUUGUUGCUCUUGACAUGUCAGAAAGUAAAUUUGAAGAAUUCAAAGCCAGUCUAAAGUCAUUGAGAAGUUUGAAGGCCUUGAAUUUGAGUUCUUGCGAGAAUCUUAAAAGAACACCAGACUUCACUGGUGCACGCAGUCUUCAGAGAUUGUUACUAAAUAAUUGUUCAAAUCUGAGUGAGGUGCAAUCAUCAAUUGGAGAUUUGGAGAGUCUAGUCCAGUUAAAUUUGUUGUGGUGCGGAAAACUCAAGAAACUACCAACAAGUAUCUGCAAGCUCAAAUCACUCGAGACUUUAGUUUUAAACUGGUGCUCAACCCUGCGAGAAUUGCCUGAUGACUUGGGAAAUUUGCAGUCUCUCAGAAAGUUCUCCGCGACAAGAACUGGAAUCACAAAGCUUCCUGCUUCCUUUGGAUGUUUGAAGAAUCUUGUUCAUUUUCAUAUGGGAGAGUACGGAAGAAUUGCUCCAACAACUAAAUCCCAGCGUUCAUUCCUUCCUUCUUGUGUAAAGCCAAAAGCAUCAGGCCUUGAACAUGUCGGAUUUCUGCCUCCUUCUACUGCAAGUUUAUGUUCCUUGGAGGAGCUGUUUCUUGCUUCCUGCAAUUUGUCUGAAUCAGAUAUCCCAUGUGAGAUUGGUCUGUUAUCCUCUUUAAAGUCCAUAGACUUGAGCAAAAAUAACUUUCAUACUUUACCCUUUAGCCUUCUUCGACUAUCUAAUCUAUCUGUACUAAGAUUGCAAGGUUGCAAGAAUCUUCAGACACUCCCGAAACUUCCUCUUAAUUUAGAAAAAAUCAAUCUACAAGAUUGUACCUCAAUGGAGAAAUUACCAAAUUUGUGUCAGCUGUCUGAGCUUGAAGAACUCAACCUGGAAGGCUGCGUGAGUCUUCAAACACUUCCUGAACUUUCUCCUAAUUUGCAAAAGCUAUUAGCUAGGAAGUGUGAAUCGUUGGAAAAACUGCCAAAUUUGUCAGAGUUAAGACGAUUGGUCGAGUUAGAUGUUGACAAUUGCGUAAAGUUGGCCGAGAUUCCUGGCCUCAAGAAUCUCGAAUCAAUACGAUCCAUUACAAUGAUGAAGUGUUCGGCGAGUCUGGCAUAUCAUUACAUAGAAAAUUUCUCCAAGGGACCUCACAUAUAUAAAAGUAUGGAUCUAUACUUUGAAGUCAACGAGAUUCCUGAUUGGUUCAGCCAUCAAGUAUCCGGAGGUUCAGUAUCUUUCACCAUGCCAACACACACAGAACAAGAAUUCAUUGGAAUGUUCACAUGGGUAGUUUGGGUUGUUCCUGGACGUGAUCGGAGUUUGACCCAACUAACAGUCAGCAAUAUAACCGAUGGUCGUGUGUAUUACUCGACCUCUCCUCCUAUGGGACACUCAGGAGAGUUCUCAGAGGUAACAUACAUACCAUCCAAUCAAUUUGAGUACCAAAUAGAGAGUGGAGAACAAGUUGAGUUCUCGAUACCAGAAGAGUUCCUCUCCGGCUCUACUGGGAUGAAAGUAAAGAGAUGUGGAAUACAUCUGCUGCUUCAAAAUCAAAGUGGUCAUGAUCAAAGUUCAACAAAAGAAAUUGAAGUCAUUGAUAUUCAGAAGAAUCUGAAAGGAAUGGAGAUAAGAAGAGGCUGCAGAUGAGUAUUAAGUUGCAUUGCAAAAAGUUGGAGCUGCAUGGUUGAACAGACGAAAUUUUUUUAAGUUCUCUUUCCUUUUUUCCCCCCUUCCUUCUGUUCAUGUAUCAAAUGUGCACAAACUAUAAUUUACUGUUUGCUUUUCUUAAAAAAAAUCAAAGGAAAGCUCUUCCUGAUUUGAGAUCAAAUCUUCGUAGAUGUCAUACAGAAAACUAUGCUUGCUCUAAGUGAAACAUAUCAGUUUGGUUGGAGAUAUGUUGGUGCACAAAUUGUUCAGCUUAGAGAGCAAAAACAAUGCAUUUUAGCUUCUUUGGUACAUCAAGGUCUAUAAAUAAUAUCUUUUCAU